AUCCUCCGCGGCCUCUCCUGAUCACGUGAGUUUGCAUAAAAGCCGGACAUGUGCUCCUCCUCUCUCCGUGUCUCUUCUUCCUCUCUGAAGGUGAAUCCUCCUCUACAUCGAGCCUCCAGCCUCCAUACAGUCAGAAGAUGUCUACCGUUUCUGCCGCCGGCGUCGAAUCUGCUGCGACUCAGGUCACCGAGCAGAAGCCACUGAAGCCGUGCUGCGCUUGUCCAGAGACUAAGAAAGUCAGGGAUGCUUGCAUCAUUGAGAAGGGCGAGGAGAGCUGCACAGGCCUGAUCGAGGCACACAAAGACUGCAUGAGGGCGCUUGGAUUCAAGAUAUAACUACUCCAUUUUGUGUCUGUGUGUGUGUUGCUGUGAGACGACCCUGGUGACCCCUCCUUCUUUCCCCCCCGCUCUUAUUUAUACCUUGACUGGAAGGGAAAUGUGACGAUGCACUUGGGCUCUGAUGGGUUGACUGUCUUUCUGUGAAACUGUUUUUUUAACGUCUGCAGAAUUUGAGAAAUGUGUGAAUAUAUAAAAUGCUGUUUGUUGAAUAAAAGUCCUAUGCAAUAAGA